AUGGCUGCCUCUUCCGAACAGACUAAAACUCGUCCGAUUGAUAAUUUACAAUUACAAGAGGUUUUUGAUAUCGUAAAAUCUACUGAGAAUCAUGAUAUUGGAUUGAUCUGGUUUGAUGAAUGUGUUGACGAUGAACUCAAACAAACCAUCGAACAGUUAAAUGGACAUGUUAUCAUUUGCGUUAAUAAAGAUAUAUUUCUUGAUUCAAUCGAUCGUAUUCAAAAUGAAACGAUGAUCGUUAUUAUUGCCGGUAAACUAGCUGUAGAUGUAUUAUCAAUCAUUCAUGAUAAUCCCAAUAUUGAUUCAAUAUAUCUUUUUUGCAUAAACAAAAUACAAUAUCUUACUCUUCGUAAUUCUUACUCAAAGAUAGUUGGAAUUUAUACAGAAUAUGAUCCAUUAUUAGAUUCGAUCAAAAAUAAAAUAAAAUCACUUAUCCAACAAUUAGUCACAUUUAGUUUAUUUCGUCAAACGGAAAAAUCCAUCCGUGAUUUAUCUCGUGAAUCAGGCAGUUUUUUGUGGCAUCAAUUAGCCAAAGAAUACCUGAUGAAUAUGAGUACAAGCAAAACCGAAGCUGCAAAACAAGAAAUGCUUGAUCUAUGUCGAGUAUAUUAUCAAUCAAAUCAAUCUUAUCUUAAAAAAAUUGACGAAUUUGAGCAAACAUACCAACCUACUGAUGCAUUAAAAUGGUAUACAAAAGACACAUUUCUAUUCCGCCUAUUGAAUAAAUCAUUAAGAUGUGAAGAUAUUGAGUUACUUUAUUCAUUUCGAUACUAUCUUGUUGAUCUUUGCACCUGUUUACGAACAGAAUAUGAUUCUCUCAAAGAUGAUCUUCCAUCUGUCGUUAUUACACUAUACCGCGGACAAACCUUGACCGACCAUGAAAUUAACAAACUGAAAGCGAAUGUUAAUCAGUUGAUAGCAACCAAUGGUUUUUUGUCAACCAGUUGGUCACCGGACGUUGCGCGAGUUUUUUCCACCAAUGUUCUCUAUGAAAUCAAUAUUGAUUUAUCGCAAGAUUCAACUGAAAUUAUUCGAUUUGCGAAUAUUUCACAAUACAGUGACAUGCCCAGUGAACGAGAAGUGUUGAUCGAACUAGGUGCGAGUUUUAAAAUUCUGAAUGUACAGGAUGAAGGAGAUUUAUGUAGAGUCCAAAUGGUUAGUAUCACGAAAGACCAACAGAUCAAGUGUGAAUUUAUGGACGAAAUGGUAAAUCAAAUAUCGACAUUAGCAUGGACUGAAUACUAUUUUGGCAACUUAAUGAUAAAGAUAGGACAACCGACAAAAGCUCUUCAUUAUUUUGAAAAUUUAAUACGGCGUACAACAAACAAUCAUAGACAACAAUAUAUUGCUCUCACUGGAUUAGCUCAUGCAAACGUUUGUGUUGCUGAUUACGACUCGGCGUUGAACCAUAUGCUCACUGCCUAUAAACUGUGUAGUCAAACCGAGGAGCAUGUUGAUUCGGGAGAUCUUGCUCAAAUAUUAUAUUCACUUGCAUAUAUGUAUAGUAAAAGAGGAGACAAUGAUUUAGCCUACGAAUACUACACUCGAUCAACACAAACACUACCUGACCAGCAAAAAAAUCAAGCAAGAAACCUAAUUGGUAUGGCUGAUGUGAGUUGUCGACAAGAGAAGUAUGAUGAGGCAUUAGCCUUUUAUGAAUUAGCGCUGGAUAUUGAAACUAACCUGUAUCCUAGAGCGAGUCCUUACAUAGCUAGUGAUUUAUACCAUAUUGCUCGUUGUCACUACCAUACGGGUGACUAUGUAUCAGCAUUGGAUUAUUUGAAGCAAGCAUUAGAAAUACAAGAACAAAUCCUCCCGAAUACUCAUGUAGAUAUCGGAUACACAAAAAUUUAUCUUGGUAAAACAUAUAGAAAAUUACAUAAUUAUGAAAUUGCUGAAGAGUAUUGUACAGAAGCAUUUCUAAUUAUCGAGAAGUUAUCACCAUAUGACACGGGACAACUUGCCGAUUUACAUUUUGAGAUUGGUAUAUGUAAUGCUGAGAAGAGUGAUUAUCACUCGUCUGUCUCUCGAUAUAAUCAGGCAUUAAUAUUAUAUGAAAAACAUUUUUCACCUCGUAGCGAAGAAUUGGCUCAUGUGUAUUCUUUUAUGGCAUCAGCUUAUCAUCACAGUCAGCAGUAUGAUCUAGAAAUAGAACAAUGUCAAAAAGCGUUGAUGAUUUAUCAGCAAUUCCAGUCAAUAGAUACAGCUAAAAUAAUCCCACUAUUAUGGAAGCUAGCUAUCGUUUACGAGCAGAAACAAGAUGAACAUUUGAUUAUAAGAACUUGCCAACAACUUUGUUCUCUCUAUGAAGAAGACACAUCUGUCGAUCUCAAUCAACAAACUUUGCUAUUCAGAACUAUAGGAUCGUAUUAUUAUAAAUUAGGUAACUAUCAGUCAGCUGUUGAGUAUUUUCAAAAAGCAUUGUUUACACAAGAACAAUCGCAAGAAAUUCAAACUGCAGAAUUACAUAACAAUUUAGGAUGUUGCCUAACAAAACUUGGUCAAUAUAAAAUAGCGAUGGAACACUGUAGUCAUGCGAAGAAUUUACUGAAGAAGCACAUUGAAACGAAUUGUGAACACUAUGGAAAUGUUCUCAAUAGUGUUGCUCGUAUUCAUUACGAAACAAUGAAUUAUGAUCAAGCCUAUGACUAUUGUUCAAGAUCAUUACGUUGUUUCACACAUAAUGAUCAUCCUGCUAUCAUGGAGAAUUAUGACAUAGUAACAAAUAUCUUAGCAAAGAAAGCUCAUGAGCAAAAAAGGAAAAAAUAUCUAUUUAUUAAGAUGUCCAUUGCAGCUGCUUUUGGGCUUCUUAUGUUCCAAGUAUUAAAAAGAUGGUUUAGAAAAUAA